AACCGCAUGCACGAAUCCCUGCACCUAUUCAACAGUAUAUGCAACCACAAGUUCUUUGCCGCCACGUCCAUCAUCCUCUUCCUCAACAAGAAGGACCUUUUCGAGGAAAAGAUCAAGAAAGUCCAUCUCAGCAUUUGCUUCCCAGAUUACGACGGUCCCAACACGUUUGAAGACGCAGGAAAUUACAUCAAGACCCAAUUCCUUGAUCUCAACAUGCGAAAGGACGUGAAGGAGAUCUACAGCCACAUGACCUGUGCCACAGACACGCAGAACGUCAAAUUCGUCUUUGACGCCGUCACGGAUGUCAUCAUCAAAGAGAACCUCAAGGACUGCGGCCUCUUCUGA